AUGCUCACACGACAGGCCCAGAUUCUGCGCGAAUACAAGCUCGUCGUCGGUGGUGGGGGUGGCGUAGGAAAAUCCGCUCUCACCAUCCAGUUCAUUCAGAACCAUUUCGUGGACGAGUACGACCCGACCAUCGAAGAUUCGUACCGCAAGCAAUGCGUGAUCGAUGACGAGGUCGCUCUGCUCGAUGUGUUGGACACGGCGGGCCAGGAAGAGUACAGCGCGAUGCGCGAACAAUAUAUGCGGACCGGAGAAGGAUUCUUGCUGGUGUACAGCAUUACGAGCCGCAGCUCAUUCGAAGAAAUCAGCACCUUUUACCAGCAGGUCCUGCGCGUCAAGGACAAGGACUACUUCCCGGUCGUCAUGGUCGCGAACAAGUGCGACUUGGAGGGCGAGCGCCAGGUCAGCACGGCAGAGGGCUAUGAAGUCGCCAAGCACUUUGGCUGCCCUUUCGUCGAGACUUCGGCCAAGCAGCGCGUCAACGUGGACGAGGCAUUCAACGAUCUGGUCCGCGAAAUCCGCCGCUACAACAAGGAGCAGGUGUUUGGCCGUCCCAGUGCCAACAGUGCUUUAACGAACGGCGGUGCGUCCGCAUCUAUGAACAAGGCGGAGGAUGGCAUCUCCAAAGGUUGUAAAUGUGUCGUUAUGUAA